AGGAGGAAGCGGGUGAGGAGCGCUCGCAGCCCCGGGGCCGAUCCUACGGCCCGCAGCAGAAUUUCCGCACUCUGGACCGACCAGGCGGGCUGCUGCCCUCUGGGGAAAGGGUCUUUAACCGUGAGCAUCGUCGGCAGGAAGGCGGAGAGGCCUUGGCAAAUCUAGGAGAAUCCUCCGGUCUCCUUUUGGGGGCCCCUGCCCCCUCUACUCGGGCUGCUGCGUCCCGCCGCGUCCACAGCCCGGCGAAGUCCAGGCCGGCAGUCACCCAGGUGCAGAGCGAGCUUGAAAGAGACAGCGGAAGGACUUUCCCGGACCGCGCUGUCGCUCACCGGCCCACACCAAUCACCACGCACUUUGCCCUCGGGCCCACCUCUUUGUGGGGCGUGUCCCUAGUGAGUGAUAGACAGAGCCGCCCGGCCCCGCUCAGCCCAGCCCACGUUGCUGCUUAGAUUGAAAUGCAGAACUCAAGCCUCUUUCAUCAGGGCACAGACUUCCUUUUACUCCUUCCUUUUGCACUCUCGCCGCCUCCUCUUGGGGAGAAGCGGAGGCACCAGCGACACAGGGCAGCGACAGGCUGGGCCACUGAGGCCGUGCGAAAAGUUUCUUUCUGGAAGCGCGGAACUGGGCCCCGGUUGGUGUGCUGCUCGGAGCAAUGGAGCCAGCCUUCGGGGAGGUGAACCAGCUGGGAGGAGUAUUUGUGAACGGGAGGCCGCUGCCCAACGCCAUCCGGCUUCGCAUCGUGGAACUGGCCCAACUGGGCAUCCGACCGUGUGACAUCAGCCGCCAGCUACGGGUCUCUCACGGCUGCGUCAGCAAGAUCCUGGCGCGCUACAACGAGACAGGCUCGAUCUUGCCAGGAGCCAUCGGGGGCAGCAAGCCUCGGGUCACCACCCCCACCGUGGUGAAGCACAUCCGGACCUACAAGCAGAGGGACCCCGGCAUCUUCGCCUGGGAGAUCCGGGAUCGCCUAUUGGCCGACGGCGUGUGUGACAAGUACAACGUGCCCUCCGUGAGCUCCAUCAGCCGCAUCCUGCGCAACAAGAUCGGCAACUUGGCCCAACAGGGCCAUUACGACUCAUACAAGCAGCACCAGCCGGCCCCGCAGCCGGCGCUGCCCUAUAACCACAUCUACUCUUACCCCAGCCCCAUAACAGCGGCUGCCGCUAAGGUGCCCACGCCGCCCGGGGUGCCGGCCAUCCCCGGCUCGGUAGCCAUGCCGCGCACCUGGCCUUCCUCCCACUCCGUCACCGACAUCCUGGGCAUUCGCUCCAUCACCGACCAAGGAGUGAGCGACAGCUCCCCAUACCACAGCCCCAAAGUGGAGGAGUGGAGCAGCCUGGGCCGCAACAACUUCCCCGCCGCCGCCCCGCACGCGGUGAACGGGCUGGACAAGGGAGCCUUGGAGCAAGAAGCCAAGUACGGUCAGGCACCAAAUGGCCUCCCAGCGGUGAGCAGUUUUGUGUCAGCAUCCACCAUGGCUCCUUAUCCUACCCCGGCCCAAGUGUCGCCAUACAUGACCUACAGCGCUGCUCCUUCUGGUUAUGUUGCUGGACAUGGGUGGCAACAUGCCAGCGGCACCCCACUUUCCCCCCACAACUGUGACAUUCCCGCGUCGCUGGCGUUCAAGGGGAUGCAGGCAGCCCGAGAAGGUAGUCACUCUGUCACAGCUUCUGCACUCUGAUGGGAAAUUCCAUCUGCAACAGCUUCACCCGGGCCCCCCCUCUUAGCACACCCUCCCCCCUUCCCUGGUCUCGGAUCCCACCCCUGCUGCCCUCCAACCCUUCUGCCUGGACAGCUGGCUUUAUGGACUCACCUCCUUUGUGCUGAUGACACUUAAAUAUUUCUUGCCAUAACUUCUCUCUCACAGAAAACCUGACAUGACUUUAGGAUUUAAAAACAAAAGCAUUAUUAAGGACUGAAUGAGACAUUUAUGCUGCCCACACACUGUUUUAAUGUAGUGAAGAAACCUGCACCCCUCAAAGGGCUUAAGGAACUUUUUAAAUUAGUCUUUGGUAAAACCACAUGUGUAUAUUUAUUCUAAAUCAACCUAAACUUUUGAAAUGUGCAAUUGUUAAGAUUUUGCAAAAUCAAUAAAGGAAAAUACAUGUAGAAAAAAGUAAUGCUACACCCUCUAAUCAAAUAAGGUGACCAAAUAAGCCUUAAUUCAUCAUUAGGAAACCAAUCAGCAGUUGAUUUGAGUGAUCCUUUGUUUAUUUUUAAGAGAUGACCUAUUUUGUUGGAGAAUAUAUGUAUAACACAAGCAGUAUCUGAAUUUAGCUCCUCCUGGUGUUUUGACUUGGUUCCAAAUACGAUAAUGUUUAUAUUUUCUAUUAGUUUGUAAAUAAUGGACUCUGGAUGGUGCAUUUGUGUUUUCAUUCCAUGGGAUACUCCCCUCCCCCACCCUUCUCUAUUUUUUCUUUCUUUUGCAAAGGUGACUUACUGGCAAUGUCUUUGUCUCUGUUUGGUGGUGGGCCACUUGGGCUCCUGGACCUGGACUUGCCCCAAAUUCUGUGUGUGCAGUGAAGGCUUCAACAUCCCAUGAAGGACAUUUUCUUUCUACAGCAGAGGAUUCAAAAACAGAUAGAACAAGCCAGUCUCCCAUUUUGUAUUCUAAUCAAACAACACACAUGCCAAACAUAUAAAGGCAAGAGGGUGGAAAAUAUCUGAAUAAGAAGGCUCUAAAGAAAGUCACUUAGAAACUUAAGUUUAAUGUGAAACGCUUUGCAAAGACACUUAAAAUGAACUUUAUGUUAAGAAAACCACUGUGAAACUAAAUUGUACUGUUGUUGUUGGCUUACCUGUGUGUUCAGCAAUCUCAGCCCAAAAUUAUGUUGUAAUUUAAAGAAAAUGGAAAAUUCUGCUCUGAUGAAUGUAAAAAUGGCUUGCUGUGAAGUUUACAUUGUUGUACAGAAGCAUGUUUCACAUGUGGGCAAACUGGUGGUGGUAUUAGGAACACAAAUGCUAUUUAAUUUUUAAAAAUUCCCUUUAUUCAUUUCUGGAUUUACAGGACACACUUUAAACGGAUAAAUCUUUCUAAACCAAUUUUAAUGGUAAUAAUAGAGCUGUGGGGGGUGUGUGUGUGUGUGAGCGUGUGAUUAUGUGUUGUAUUUUAAAACAAUUGAUUUUCUUGGGCAAAAUUCUACAGUUUUUAUCUCUUCUGUUUAGAAAGUUCUUCCUGCUUGGCCAUAUAGUCUUGAAAAUACGUUUUUAAAACAUUGGUACAAGUCAUCUAUUGGAAAAUUAAUAUAUUGCGAGUUUUGGGGUGUUAAUUCUGUGCAAUAACUAAAAGGGCACAUCACUAGACAUGGAUGUUAAAGACGCAUUCGUUAGGUGAUUUUGAUUUCUUCCUAUCUGUGCUGUGCACAGCCUCCGUGGCAGUCCACUUCUGUCACAUUGGUUUCAUGGCUUCAUUUAAAACUCAGAUGGCUAGAUUAGCUAGGUCUUCAAAUCACUAGGAUGUAAACAGCAGAUUUCUGACAUACAAGUUAUGUUCGAGGAAUUGCUUUUCUCAAGCAGCAGAUACAUUACGGAGAGCUUUGAACUGCAUUUAUUUCUAAAGCAACCGAAAUUCAGUGCUACAAACAGGGGAUUAUAACUUCAGGAGAAGAAUAGCAGAAGGAGCAGAUGAACUCUCAGGGCCACAGUCUUCCUUUGAUCUUGUAAAACUCCUAUUGACAUCUGGAGUUCCCAGUCUGGUGAGAAAAUAGACUAUAAACCGAAUGGAACAAAAAUACCAGUCCAAUAUUUUGGUGGAGACUCUAAAACCAUACCAUACAGGGACUCUCCUGCCAUCCAGAAAAACUGACAUAAGGUACAGAAUUAUUCCUUAUCAGAUGUUUUUAGGUGGGUAUUAGGAGUCUUUAAAAAAUAUCAAUCAUUUGUAUGGAAACACAACUAAACCUUAUUUUCUUUUAUCUAAAUUAAGAAAUCUCUUUUUAUUAUGCUAUUUAUAAUUUUUUCUGGUUCUUGUACUUUUAAAAAAUCUAAUAUUAAUGGUAUCAAAGUUUUCUCUCCCUCCCCUCUGGCCCCCAGUCUUUUCUUAGCAACAGUGAAUUCACAUGAAGUAAAUUUAAAAAGACAACAGAAACCCCAAAUAUAAUUUGCUAUUCAAAGCAAAUUAUGGUUUAAAGCUACUUUUAAAAAUAGAGAUGGAAAAUGGAUUGGGAUAUGGGGUUGGGAAUUGUUUGAUUUUUAGACAUUAUUAUUAUUGGUUAAUGUUGACAUAUUUCCUGUUUCUUAGGGGGUAAAAGUGUUGUUUUUAAACUGGAAAAUGCACUCUUUCAGAGAUCCUUUUCCAUCCCAUCCACAUGGAGAGGUGAAAGGUUCAAUUUCAUGGCCUCUAUGCAGGCAGUACUCUCUUUCACAGGAUGCAAGAGUAUUACCUGCAAGGAUAGAAUGCAGUUGUAUAACAGACAUUCUUAUUUCUCUUGUUUUUUCCUACUUUUAAUGACUCUCUUAUUGAAUAUUGGGUUGAACUAUAAAUUAAAAAACAUGUUGCAAAGGAUGUACAACCGAAGGCUGUGUAUGUAUAUACAGUAUGUCAAAAAGCCUUUAUUUUUAUACUUUAAAUGCUCUAAAUUAAUAAAAAGUAAUAAUUACCAUGUUAUCUUUUAUUUUUUUAUUUUCAAAAUGCUUUAGUGAUGUAGCCUCAUGGUAGAAAUAUCCCAUACUAGUAGUUAAGAGCGGGUGUCAUCUAGAAUGUGCAGAUAUUUUUGUUGACUUUAGUUACUGAAGUAACAUCAUUUCAGGAUGCAGAUAUAAAAUCAAGUUUGGUUGUAUCAAGGCCUAGGAGACAUUUUUCGGAGUGCACAUUAAUACAGAACUCUUUGGAAAUGCUAAGUAUGUACUUCUGUUUUGAAACAUUUUCCCCUGCAUAAUACGUAUUUUAACGUUGCAAAUAGCAGAUUUCAUACCUGAAGCUGUCACUUAUAACCAGUAAUCUGAAAAUGUAUUUUCCUCUAAACAUUUUUUUUUUUUAAUUGGGGAACAUUGGGGAACAGUGUGUUUCUCCAGAGCCCAUCAUCUCCAAG